UUUGUCUCCUCUACACAGCCAACUUUGCCUUUUGAACUGCAUACAGAGAGAGAACCUACACUUCUACAGCCAUGACGACCGUCGUAUUGAAGAUGCUGUGCGUUCUGCUCUGUGCAGUAUUCGCUUCUGCUGAUGUCAUGCCCAUGACAGACUUCGACCUGGAAAAGAUGGGAGGAAAGUGGUAUCUCAUUGGCUUCGCUACAAAUGCAAAAUGGUUUGCCAGUCACAAGGAUGACAUGAAGAUGGGAACUGCCAUGAUAGUGCCUACCGAGGCAGGAGACCUUGAUCUUAGUUAUACCAAUCUCAAGAGUGAUGGUUCCUGCUGGAGAAUGACGCACCUUGCCAAGAAAACCGAGACUCCAGGACGUUUUGUCUUCCACAGCCAGCGUUGGGGAAAUGAUAACGACAUGCGUGUGGUUGAUGCCAAGUUUGAUGAGUAUGCUCUCAUUCACACCAUCAAGACCAAGGGAGAUGUUUCUGAGGUUCUCAACAAACUCUACAGUCGUACCACAGAAAUCUCUGAUGACUUGAAGGAGAAGUUCAGGACGUUUUCUGUGGAUUCCGGCAUCCUUGAGGAAAACAUUGCCAUGCUGCCACCAAAUGGAGAAUGCUCAGUGGCCUAAGCAUCUCGACCAAAAAAAAGACCAAGAAAGACAGACACCAUCAGCUCAUCCGAUCAUUUCACCUAAAACAGAUGUGAAUGGCCUUCUGUCUGCUUCAUUUUCUUUGCAUGGAAACAGUUUUUCUUCUUGCCUUACAGUUAUGUUGUGCUCAUGAUGACAAACCUAUUUGCGACUACAGAGCUUAUUCAAUGAAUCUCUCAAAACAGCAGACAAAAUGGCAAAGUAUUACCUAAUCCAAAUAAUGCAUAAAAAAAAAAAUCAACUCUGUAUUGAUGCAAGGUUUGUUUUUCCUGUAAAUGUCAAACGCCUUUCAUGACUGAUUUGGCAUUCUUGUGAACUAAUUUUUAUGAACAGCGCUUCCAUUUUGUUGGUGGUUUUGUUUACUGCUGUUAGAUUAAAAUUGGUUUACAAAUGACAAA